CGUAAUUACAUGGUACAAGAAUACGUGUAUAUCCGAGGCUGGGAGAAGGACUAUUGCCCAUGUUUGGUUGUUGGCGCUAAAAGUAAAGAAAUAUUGUCUUUGUCAUGUCCUUCGCCUGGUUCCGGCCCAUUUCUGUUUCCUCUUUACACGCCGCAUCUCUUCCUCGUGGCCCUAACACGUCCGUCCAGCUUCUGCAGUCAACCGUGGUGAGGCUUUGGUGAUGUGCUUGGUCCUGUGAGCUAGUCAUGCACCGCAGGCUUCUUUUUCUGCUCGUACCGGCGCUCUGCUUGUUGCUCGUCACCACGACGCUGUAUCUCGGUCGCGAUCGCCUCACUCGAAUCCCCGCGCUGCAUCUUCCGUUCCCGCACAAAGCGGCACCGUCGACCUCAUCCGCCUCUAAUGCUGAGCAAAUCGUGGCCACUCCGACAAGUUCACUUGCUGCAUCUACGACUACAUCUGCGACUGUAUCUGCGACCGCAAUCACCAUUUUAAAUGGAACCGUCCUAUCUGCCUCGGGCAUCGCUCCCUACAUCACGGUAAUCCUCGAUCCCGCCGUAACAGAACCUCGGCACCUCAAGUGUCCCGCAUUGAAUACCAGCCGGUACGAUGCCCUCUUACAGCACAAAGAUCCGCAAAAGAAUACGAAAAACCCGCAGCAUAUCCAUUACUAUUUCGCAAUCGACUUGCGCAAUUGCUUAGCGCUUCUGCCACGUCUGCUAGGCAGCGUCGUCGAAGUUGUUCGCUUCCUGGGACCUGAAUACUGUGCGCUUUCUAUCAUUGAGGGCAAUUCGCCAGAUGGGACUGGCGACGUCCUCGCCGCCCUCAGUCCGUUCCUCGACCGCCUCCAUCUCACCUACUUCUACAACUCGUCGGAUAUCAACCCGGCCAAGGGCGACCGCAUCCACAAGCUCGCUGCGCUGCGCAACCUGGCCCUCCAACCCAUGUUCGACAACCUCCACCGAGUAUCGGAAAACACCACCAUUCUGUUCCUGAAUGAUGUUGCCGCCUGCCCCGAAGACCUCCUCGAGCUAGCACUCCAGCGCCACGCACUCGGAGCCGACAUGACCUGCGCCAUGGACUGGACGUACGUGGGAAACGACCCGACCUUUUACGACGUCUGGGUGGCUCGAACUCUCGCUGGUGAUUCCUUCUUCGAGAUCCCCCCCGACGGCAACUGGAACUCGGCGUGGAACCUGUUCUGGAACGCCCCCGACACCAGGUCACGCUACGACGACAACCUCCCCUUCCAGGUCUUUUCCUGCUGGAACGGCGCCACCGCAAUUGGUGCCGCGCCGCUGCUCGACGGCCUUCGCUUCCGCGAGACGCACGGUGGAAACGACGGCGAGUGCGCUCAGGGCGAGCCGCAGAUCUUCUGCAAGGAAAUGUGGUUCAGAGGCUACCGGAAGAUUGCUGUUGUUCCGAUAGUGAACCUUGAGUACUCGGAUGAAAAGGCAGAGCAAAUCAAGCAUCUUAAAGGGUAUGCGUCGGAUUUGGCGAGGAGUCCAGGGGAGGACAACAGCAUCAGUUGGGUCCUUGAACCACCGGAAAAGGUCAAGUGUAUGCCGACAUGGGAUAAUCAGUUCUGGCGGCCCUGGAAUGAGACAUUGCGUCUAUGAUCGAAUGGGAUGGAGAGAGUGUGCGUGCUACCGUGUAAAAUAACCAAGGUGGAUAAAGCGAUCUGGACGUGUAUGGUCUUGUUGAUGGCGUUUCCAAGGUAUGGAAGAUACUUGACUUGGUCUUAGGUGGGAACCGUCUCGUCGCCCGGGAAGUCCGUGUCGACCUCUUCCUGCAACUUCUGACGCACACCCGGUGCCCUGACGACGUUGUGAGAAAUGCACUGGAGGAGUUGGAAGUGGCGUCGCUGUCCGUUUGCAGUUAUUAGUAGAAGAGGUAUCUAACUCACUAGCAAAUCCCUUGGUGGGACCCAAGUCGAAUACGAGCUCUUUCAUACCGUGGGGAGCAAAAUAGGUAUAUCUUGAGCCAGAAAUGUAGUCGGGAUCAUUCAUUCGCACCCGUUCCUAGUUGUAAAACAUACUAUUUAACAAGAAUUAAAAUUGGCAUUUAUC